AUGCUGUUCUCCAAACUUGGACGCGCCGCCCUUGCUGCAGCCAUAUUCGCGACUCCCUCAUUUGCCCAAAACUCCGACGCGCCCGAUUUUGGACAGUCCACCUUCGUCGCUCCCGAGAACAACGUCGCCUUCGGCUUCACAGUCCCCGAAAACAGUGGCGAGGAUGUCUUCAUUACUUUGCGCGCCCCCAUCGACCGCUCCUGGGCCGCCAUCGGCAUCGGCUCGGAUCGCAUGCAGAACAGCUUGAUUUUCAUGAUCUACCGCAACGAGUCCGGCAACGGCGUCACCUUCUCGCCCCGCGUUGCCUACGGAAACUACGAGCCCACAUACUACGACCACAUGAAGUGGGACGCUCUGCCCGGCACCGGUGUCUUCAACGGCUCCAUGUUCUUCAGCGCCCGAUGCACCGACCAUUGCAGAAGCUGGCCCGGAGGAUGGGUCGACGUCUCCAACGAGAACCAAAAGGCUGUCUACGCCGUCGGUCCCAAGGGGGGCUUCUUUUCCAACCAGAGGGACGCAUCCGUCAAGUUCCACGAGGAGUUUGGACGCUUCACAAUCAACAUGAAGCGGACCAUUGGCCCCGCCGACGCCCCUGUCCUCAAGGAGGACUCUGUCAACGAAGGCACCAAUCAGGUCUCUGCCGACGACGGCCGGAGGGACUUCAAGUCCAUCUUCCACGCCAUCCUGAUGGUUGGCGCCCUGGUCUUCCUUGUCCCCUUUGGUGCGGUUCUUUUGCGCUUUGGUAACAUGGUCCGAUGGCACGCCCUCAACCAGGGCGUUGCGUUGCUCAUUGUCCUUGUCGGCUUCGUUCUCGGGGUUCUGACUAGUUUCUGGUACUCUCGUUCUCGUGGCUUCAAAUCCGCCCACCAGAUCAUCGGCUUCAUUGUCGUUGCCUUCCUGCUGGCGCAAUUCGCCAUCGGCUUCUUGCACCAUCAGAAGCACAAGAAGACGCAGCAGACAACCCCCUACAAGACAGUCCACGUCUGGCUCGGGCGCAUUAUUGUCGCCCUCGGCACUUUCAAUGCCUUCCUUGGCUUCUCUUUUGCGCUCAACCGCAAGUUCAACUACUUCCUUGCAGCCCUCAUCAUCCUCAUGCUCCUCGUCUCGCUCUUCUUCACCUUCGGCGGCAAGUGGGUCCGCGGCCGGGUGCCCCUCAAGUUCGGCAACCAGGCGCGGGGCGGCUACAACCCGGAGCCGUGGCGUCAAGUACCCACACAGGGCGGCUAUGCCUACGAUGGCGGUGCUCCACCAGCCUACCAGCCCCCUUCUCACCAAAAUCAGACUAUCGGCCUGACGAGCAUGGUCGCGAAUCCUGUGCAGCCGACUAAGGAGCGGAGCCGCAGCCGGGACUACCGAAACAACGAUUUGGGAUCACCGCAUCAGCCCCGGGAAAUGGUAUGA